AUGGCCAAUAAUCGUGUUCCGAUCAACUACGAAGUUCCUUCUUUCCCGUCGUUGUAUGAUCCCCUGCCGUCGCAUCACCAGCAAGCGUAUUACCUAUACUACACAAAGGAUAUAUGGCGCUUCACACUGUUCUGGACGCUGGUGUUCUAUGCUGCAACCCAUCUUACAGUCGCCGGCUGCGCUGUAUUGACACACUUCCGUAAUUGGAACGUGAUAUGGAUUGUACCAUUAGUGUAUAGUUUCAUUGCAGGGUUGGAAGGCCUUCUGGCUGGAAGUCGAGUUGCAGCUGAUUUCUCUGGGUUUAGUCUCGGGGCAGUUUAUGAAGCAGGCAAUUUCAGGAUGUCGACUUGGCUACCUGUGAUAUGGGGUGGUGUCAAUGUCAUGGUCCUAAUUGUCACUAGCUUUCCUAUGCAAGGCGGUCUCUGA